AUGGCAGCUAAGUCUAGGGUGGCUCCGAUAGAAAAGAGAAGAGGAAAUUUGACGAUCCCACGCCUAGAGCUAUUGGCAGCGACGAUAGGUGCGAGACUUUACACUCAGGUUGUAGAAAAUUUGACAGGUAGCUUUGCUAGUUUCUUCUGGAGCGAUUCGGCUACAGUGAUCUCGUGGUUACAACGCAAUGAAGAGUGGGGGACAUGUAAUCCGGCAGACCUGUCAUCUCGAGGGUGUUCGUCUAAACAGUUAGUUGAAUCGAAAUGGUGGGAGGGGCCAGCAUGGCUGUAUAAUAAUGUCGAAAGUUGGCCAUCUACAAAUUUAAUUGUUAAUGAAGAGGAGGUUAACAAAGAAAAUAAAAGGAAGGUUACGACGUUUAUCAACUUAGAAAAGGAAAAGGUGGACUUUUACCUCACGUACUUCAGCAAGUAUACCAAGACACUGAUACAACAGGAAGAAUUUGAAGGUCUAAAAGAUAAUAAAUUAAAGAAUCUAAGUCCUUAUUAUGACAGUGAGGGUGUCAUCAGACUGAAGUCAAGAGUCUCGAACAGAAGAGUCACUGUUGAUUAUCGUUAUCCUGUGAUUAUGACUGGCAGGAAUCCGAUUAUUUGUAGGUUAAUUAUGGAAAAACACCAGAAAUCUUGUCAUGUAGGGGUGCAAGGACUGUUAUGUUUACUCAGAGAGAGUUAUUGGAUAAUAGGUGGCAGAAGAGCCAUUCGUUCGGUCUUAAAGAAAUGUGUCACAUGUAAGAGAUUUGAUGUUAAACCUUUUGCGGUAGAGUCACCUCCAUUGCCUGGCGAUAGAGUGCGUGAUUCUGCUCCGUUCGAGAUUACGGGGGUCGAUUUUGCCGGACCUUUGUAUUUAAAAUCUGGAGAGAAAGCGUGGGUGUGCCUAUUUACCUGUGCCGUGUACCGCGCGGUACACUUAGAACUUACAAUGUCAUUAUCCACCCUUAAGUUUUUACAAGUUUUGAGAAGGUUCAUCGCGCGGAGGGGCAGACCCAGAAUUUUGUAUAGCGAUAACGGUACUAAUUUCCGUGGGACUGAUAACGCUUUCGCGAAUCUAGACUGGGACGCUAUAACUCGAGAGACUAAUACGCAACGAAUUUUGUGGCGUUUUAAUCCCCCUAGUGCGCCGUGGUGGGGAGGAUCUUUUGAAAGGUUAGUCGGUGUAGUAAAGCGCCUACUGCGUAAAGUAUUAGGUAAAGCGAGUUUAGGUUAUGAAGACUUAAUGACCUUAUUGUGUGAUUGUGAGGCCGUGGUAAAUGCUCGACCAUUGACUUAUAUUUCAAACGAUCAUAAUGAUUCUGUGACAUUGUCACCGGCUAUGUUCCUGCGGGAGCAGGUUAGCUGUAACGUUGUCGAUUGUGAUUUAGUCGAAAAAAUAUGUCUUACGCGUAGUAUGCGAAAUAAACAAAAGUUGCGUGAAUAUUUGAAAAAUAGAUUUAGGCUAGAAUAUUUAGGGCAGCUUAAACCUCUUAGGGAAACAAAAUCGAACGCGACAAUUAAAACGGGGGACAUAGUUCUUAUAGGUAAUGACUCUCACAAGCGCGUUGAAUGGCCUAUGGGACAAGUAAUUGACGUUGUACCGGGUAAAGACGGUCGGAUUAGAUUGGUUAGAGUUCGGACCUCGCAUGGAGAGUUGCUAAGACCUGUACAACGGUUAUAUCCACUAGAGUGCGUUGAUGAUUCGGUUGAGAGGAACCAUAACGAUCGACGAGAUGUGGCUUUCACAAAACGAAGGUUCCUAGGUUGCACCCUGAGUCUUCUGAAAAAGGAAAUCAAGAGGAUGUUGCUGAUUCAUAUCGCGUUUGUGGUAGUGUUCGGGAUAGUGCGUGGGUGA